AUGCAAUCUUCUUAUUUGGAAGAGAUUGUUCACUUUAAAGGCGUCAUCAAAAGAUCAUUGAAGAGACUUGUUACGAUUACAAAGCAAGAGACCUUUGAAUUAAUGAAAAGAGAUGCUGUCAGAUUAGCUAAAUUAGUUAGUUAUAUUAGUGUUGAAUAUCCUAUGACAGAAAUAGUUUCAGAUGUGAAUUUACCUGCUCAAUUACAAAUUGCUACAGGAAUUCCAUUUCAUCAAAUUUGCAAUAUUAGAGUUGAUAAUGUAGAUAUCAUUUUUCUUAA